AUGGGAGACAAUCACACGGAUCCCGUGCUGCACCUGCAGUCACAUCAGUCGCUUCCACCACGGCCACCGCCGGCGACUAAGGACGCCCGAGACGACGCGCAUCCGGAACGCGACCAGACGUCGACACCGCACAGCGACGAGCAUCCGGAACAGCUUCCAGCGCUUGCGACCGACGCGUCACACGGUCAACAGACGCAUCAGCAAGAGAACAGCCACCAAAUACCAGACGCGUCGGGCGUGUCUGAUCCGGCGCAAAGCCACGUCUCGCAGCACUCGACGCCGACCCUGCCGCCCAUGAACUACCAGCAUCAACCGACGGUGCACACCCCGGCACCCGGUCCUGCUCCAGCGCCAGUGCAUGCUCAGAAUGGCCACCAUCCGCAGCACCACCAACCCCCACCACCGCAACAUCACCCACACCCGACUCCGGCGCACAGCACCAAUGGUCAAUACCCACCACACGGACAUGCCCCACCACCGAACUACACAUAUCCUUCCGAGGCGGGCAUGCAACAGGCCUCGUCCAACAUGCAGUCCAACGGCUAUCCUCCUCAUAUGGGCUAUCAGACACCCUUAGGGACCCCGCAGCUCAACGCAAACCAACUUCCAGGAACCCGCCAUAAGAAGGAGAUCAAACGUCGCACAAAAACUGGCUGCCUGACGUGUCGAAAACGUAGAAUCAAGUGUGACGAGGGUCAUCCUGCUUGUCGCAACUGCCAGAAGAGCAAGCGUGAGUGUCUGGGUUAUGAUCCCAUUUUCAAGUCUCAGACCUCACCGCAAACCAUCCAACCUGCUCCGGGCAUCUUUCCUCCUCCUCCACCCCAACAGCAACAACUGCAGAUCAAGCAUGAGCCACAAAUGUCCUCUGAACCACAGCGCUAUUCGAAUGUCCCGCAAGGAUACAUGCCUGCUGCCAGUGCUGGCUACUCUCCUGCCACUGUCAUGCAACCUCCUGUCGAGUUUGGUGCUCAGAUCGACCCUGCGUUGGGUCCUGUGAACCCAGCUGUUGCACCUCCGCCUAUACAACCACCGCCGCCUCCUCCACCGCCCCACGAAGAAUACACAACCAGUCUGCACCCACAACGAAAUGUGCGUCUUGUCAACAUCGAUUCACUACACAGUCUGGAUAACAUCCCGCCUGCGCAACACCCACGUAAUCCAAAUCCUCUUGCACCGCACGAGAUGGAACAGAUUCGCAUGAUGUACCUUGCAGAAUAUGCCUCUGGACUGGAUCGAUUCCUUGAGACCAGCUGGUACACAGACCACGGCUUCAAUCUCGUUGCUGGGAAUCACGACCUCUUACGUUAUUUCAUGUACUGCAUUGAACGCUUCUCACAAGCUCAGACUGGUGGUGGUUCCCACGGCGUCAUGUCUCUAGAAGCUCGCCUUGUAUGGCAACUCGCCUGCCUACCUCGAUCACUCCCUUCUAAUACCGCUCCUCUGUUCAUCACCAACCUUCUACAAAGACUAGCUAUAGUGGAGAAUUUAUUGUGCGGCACAUUCCUCGAUCCCGCCAUGAUUCCUGCACAACCUCCAGUCAACCCACCAGACCCAAAACUUGUCGAACAAUAUACUCGAUAUCUGCAAGAUGCCUUUUGGCACCAGCUGGGCCGCUUCGUUAGCAUUCACGACGAUGUCGUCUCACCCGAUGCCGCUCAGCAGAUUGCCUCGGCUCUUGCAGCCAUGCGCAACAUACUGUCAAUGCUCGAGAAUCGCGAUGUUCUUUACUCGAUGGCUAUUGCCCGUCACUUCGGUGGCCGCAUGGUCGACUAUACUGAGAGCAAGAUCCUGGUUUCGAAGAGUGCAGAGCCAGAUGACCCUAUUGCCAAACUUGCUGUUGCAAUGAACUUCAUCCGCGAUGAGGACUCGCAGGGCACGACACAGGUUGUACAAAGAUUGUGUGGUAUGUGCAGAAGGAGUUGGCAGCUGCAGCGGCAAACUGCACCAUCCGCAUAG